UUUCUCUCUCCUCCGUCUCAGUGCUCAUCCUCCUUCCUCAGUUCUGUGUCUGCACAGGACGACUUGACUUAGGGUUUGAUCAACAUCAUCAUCUCUCUUUCCCUUCAGUUAUUCAAGGAUGUUUUCUUGUUGUUGAAGGGUGGCACCAUGCAUAUGAUUAUCAGUUCGUGAAGAGAUUAUGUCUGAACUGUUUCAAUAUCUUUAGGUAUUACAAUAUGGAUGAUGAGAAUGGACUUGAGCUCAGCCUGGGUCUAUCUUGUGGUGGUUCAUCUGCCAAACCCAAGAGUAAGAAUGGUGCCUCCUCAGAUAGCAGGACAGAAGAGGUUGGUAGAGGUGGCAAAAUGGUUGAUGAUUUCAAAAGCUUUUUUCAGACUGAUUCCCAUAAGCAAGACUUAACUGCUGGAGCUCAAAGAGCUGAUCCCCCAAAACUGGAGGAGAACUUCUUUAAUGACCUUUCCAAGGACAAAGAAGAAGAAGCCUCUGUGAAUUUAAGUGGGAGAGGACUUUGGCUUGGCAACAAUAAUAAAAGUGUUGAAAUUGAGGAAGAUAAACGGUUAGAGGUGGGAAAUAAAAGAAAAAUGAUGUUCGAUGAGGUAAAUCAUCAGAAGAAGCAUGAAAGUGAAGCUCUACAUGACAAGGCCAGAACAUCACACAUUUCUCUAACAGAAGAUGGCUCAGCCGCAGAAAAUGAAGAUGUGGCAGAUUCUGAAACUGAGAACUUAACCUCUAGGUCUGUAUCACGCCAUGACGAUGGUUCCAAACGACUUGCCAGAGUUGGUGGCUCUUCUGAUGCUCUAAAAGAAGUUCGAGGAGCUUCUGAAUUGAGUCCUACUGAUGUUAGUGGACAAAAGAGAUUUACUGGUUCAUCAGAAAAAGAUUUUAAGCUUUCGAAUUUGAAUUAUGCUGCUUCCUUCCCGCAACAAGUAAAUGUGAUGAAUGUGCCUUACCCACCACCUGUAAAAGAAUCUAACUCUGUUGGCGCACCAAACCCUCAGAUCCCCGGAGUGAUGCAUGUGAUGUCUACAGCAGCUGGUGAACGCCCAGGAGCCCAACCUGUGACUAAUGGAAACUUGCCAGUGAUGUUAGGAUAUUCUUCUGUUCAGGUUCCAAUGUUGGAUAAAGAGAACUCGUGGAGUUUGAUUUCACAUCCUCAACAAUUACACCCUUCCUUUGCUGGAAGGGCUCCACCAAACUCAGCUGCCAUGCAUGUAAUCUCAAAUAAUUUAUCAGAGGCCAUGCCGUCUGAAGGAAGGCUGCUAGAUCGAGCAAUAGUUGAUGGAAAGCAGCUCAUGACUGAAGAAGGCGCCCCAUCACAGGCUGAAGAUAUGAAAGGAAGCAGCACAAACCUCAGGGCAAAAGACGUGCCUGAUCAGUCAGCAGGAGAAAGUUUCUCCAUUGACUUUUCGGCUAUUAAGCCUGGUCUUGCUGCCAAUUUGACAUUUGGCGGGAGCGGUUCCUGUCCUAACCUCCCCUGGGUUUCUACCACAGGUUCAGGCCCCAAUGGUAGGACUAUAUCUGGUGUAACUUAUAGGUACAGCACUAACCAAGUAAAGAUAGUUUGUGCAUGCCAUGGUUCUCACAUGUCACCCGAGGAGUUCGUUCGGCAUGCAAAUGAAGAUCUUCCCAACGCGGAGGGUGGCGCAGUCUUAGGAACAAAAGCAAAUGGAAAUUCUGCAGCCUCCGCUCAUAGCUAAUUCUGUAUCAUCCAUUCUAUCUGUGUUAAUCAACCAUUAUCUUUUUUGUUAUUUGCCUUUUGCUGCUGGAAUUAUAUUGCAGUUGUAUGGAAUAAUGGUCCGACAUCAAUUUUCUUCUGUUAAAUAGUAAAUUAAGCUCAAGAUUAUGUCAGUGAGAUGUUUCCUUCGAGUAAUAUAGAGAUUGUCUUGAGAAAAAGUUUGGGGAUGAUACUCUUUUGAAGUAGUGGAAAGGUGCAAUGUUUCUGCUAGAGUAAGUUAGGCUGGCUGUUGACAUGUCUAUUUAUAAUUGAUUGAUCUAUAAAUAUAGUUGCAAAUCAUCUUGAA